AUGGAUGUUCCAACACUGCUAACUUACGCGAAGGAAUUGCACUGCAUUGCAUUCCAUAUGCAAAUGAUACGCGGCCUGAGGCAAAAAAAAGGAAGGAAAGCUUGGGUUGAUUUUGUUCGACGGAAACGCGACAAAUGGGAGCCAUCUGUCCAUUCAGAAGUUUGCUCAAAGCAUUUCAACGAAGAGGACUUUGCGAUCCGUUUCAUCGGCCUCAACGAAAUGCCUGGCGCGGAGAAACCAUUGCUUGUGGCUCCUCGUUUGAAGCAAGACGAUAUGGGCAUAUGUGUGUGUCCUUCAAAACAUAAUGACGAGGAAACCAGCACGUUGUCUUCAAGAGAUCGCCGUCGCAUUGUAAGUGUCGUCAAUGUUCUAUUGUUUACUAUUUCGAUUUAUUUUAUUUCGCAUUUUUUCGCAAAUAUAAUCGCACUAUGCGGUAUGAUGAAUAUAUGAAUAAUAUUUUUAUAUUUGAAGGUGUUCAGCAACUGAGCAAGUGGAAUAGUAUUAUGAUUUAUGAUACCCAGUAUGAAACUUAUAUUUUUUUUUUUACUUUUAGACUUUCCAUGCUAAGCACACAGAAUAUGGGAAGUGUGGUGCUACAGAAUCACAGCCCAGUUCAUCGAUGGAGAGUGGUCAGCCUGACUCCUCAGUCGAGACGUUUGAGCAACCUUUGACUGUAGAAGUUAGUGAACCAGAAAGAGUGAGUAGAAAUUUAUGCAAUUUUGUCAUGAUUUAGUCGGUACCAUAUUACUCGAUUUAAUAUAGCCACACAGCACAAUAUAUAAAUUCCUGUGUAAACUUACAGUUCAUCAUGUAAUGUUUGCAUGUGAGUUUAAUGGAUAUGACCUGUACUAUAGCAUGUGUUGUACAUAUUCUUAUAAUCAUUCGCUUAUUUUUAAGGCUGAUGAAGAAGAAAGUGUAAAAACCGUACGGGUCCAGACAAUGCCAUCAAAAUGUCACAAUUGCACUGCCUUAUCUGUAAAUCUGGAGAAAAUGAAGAAGAAGAUGCUGUUUUAUAAGUCUCAAUUAAGUUAUGGUAAUUAUAAUUUGUCAAUGUUGCUGAAAGAAUGCAUUGUUGUGGUUGGAAUAGUCUGAAUAAAUACAGUAUUGUUUUCUGUUCCUUUACUAGAUAGUGAUAAUUCAUCAUUAACUGAUGAUAACAUUGGAGAUGUAAGCAAUAUCCCAAGUGAUAUUGAAAGUGAUGAUGAAGAUCUUGAUCGUGAUGAUUCAGAACCUUUUACAUCAGAGCCAUCCGCACUAUCAGAGGUUGAAGAAGAACCAUCAAUGGAAGAGUCCUCGACUGAUACAGAAUCGGAAGCUGAGGACGAUGCAGUUGGGACAAGGUGUGUGUGGGCUAUUUUAUUUACGUUUGAUAGCGUUAUUGUAGUAAAGAUGUACAAAAUUCCAAUUGCGUUGUUGAAACAAAUUUUGUGAUUUACUUUUCAUUGAACAGUACUUCUCACAUUCAUUAUAUUAAUUUAAUGUGCACUGUUCUCCAGUACCUCUGGGCAGUAUUCUGUUGAACACCAUGUGAUAGCGAUUGUAUGCAAAUACAAGCCAAACCAUUUCAUAUAAACAAUAAGCAAUUCCAGCUUUUAGUGUAUGUGUGCAGGGGGUGGUGGGGGGGUGGUGGGGGUGGGGAGUAAGGUUUUAUAUACUUGUAAGUAUUGAAAUAUUUCUGUUGUUUCAGCAGUCUAUAAUGAAAUGUUUCAGCGUAAUCAGCAAUGUGAUAUCUUACUUCCUGUCACCCCUGCACGCAUAAAUUGAAAGCUGAAAUUUGUUUGUUGAUAUAUGGUAACAUUCUAUUUUUCUAGAGUCUUUGUUAAAGAUGAUAAUUUGAGGAAGCAAGCAAAGUUUGUUGUCUUCCUUCCGCAACUCAUGGAAUUGUUCAACAAUUGUCCAACCUGUAACAUGCCAGGUGUUCGGGUUGAAGUAAAGAAAAUUGGAACAAUGGUACACAUCGAGACAGCCUGCAACCAUCGCAAAUGUAAUAAACGUAUGAAUGUGUGGACAAGCCAACCUAGAAUCAUAAUGCCUAACUCCAGUAUUCCAGCAGGAAACUUACUGCUGUCGUUUGCAAUUUUAACUGGAGGUGGAUCUGCAAGCAAAACGCUGAGAAUAUUUGAGCACAUGGGUUUGGGAAGUAUAUCUUUGUCCACAUUCCACCGCCAUCAACGUGUAUGUACCUAUUAUGUAUUUACAUUAAAUCAUGUUAAAUCAUUUACCUACUGUUUAUUUAACACAUUAAACUACAAUCAUUAAUGUAUGUUCACAGUACAGUUGAGCACACCAGACAUUUUGCUUCUAAAGGGAAUAUUAAUGGUUUUGCAAAUUAAUGAUACAUUCAGUGACAAUACAGUACUGUAUAUCCUGUUAACUCAUCAAGUUGCAUGCAAUAUGCACAAAAGGACCUUUUUUCUAUUUUGCUCUACCUGUCUAUUCACCAAUUGAGUGGGCAGCACUCUCCCCCUGAUGUGUAAAAUCAUCUGGCGAGUGGCGUUAGACAGAGUAAAGUAAUAAAGUAUGGUGCAUCUGGACACAUUGCCACUUAAAGGUUAAUACUGCCAAUUUUACUUGUCUAUAAAGAAUGGUCUUGUCAUUAUAAUGGUUCAAUCAAAUUAAUGUAAAUGUCUGUUGUAAAGUAAGGAACUGUAUUGUUACCGGGAUACAUCUCUUACACUUUUCUAAUAUCAUGAUAAUCUCUUUCUAUUUUAAUUAAAAGACCAAGCUGUUUCCUAGUAUCCACAUGCAUUGGAAAAGUUAUAAAAUGUCAUGGCAAUCCAAAUUGAAGGAAAUGGAUGCAAUUGUUUUAGCUGGGGAUGGACGUCAUGACAGCAUGGGGCACAGUGCGAAAUACUGUGCAUACAGUAUCUUCUGUUGUAACAAUCCAAUAAAUGCAAUUGUUGAUUUUAGUUUAGUGCAGGUAUGGUAUUUUUAUUUAUGACAUUGGAGUAUGCGGAGGCAGCAAAAAAAUUUGACAUACCGGUACUGUGUGUAUAUUACUGUUGUCUAAUUUCUAUCCUUUCCCUGUUUGUUAUCUAAGAUGCAUCCUGUCCAUAUUUGGUAUAAUCCAAUUUUGUUUACUAGGUUUAUGUUAUUAUGUACCCAUUCACUUUAAAUUUUUUGUUUUGUUUGGUAUACAAUGACAAUGUGGCUCAACAUACAGUACAUUUGGGAAUGCAGUUCACUUUUGAUAUGAAAAUGCAUGUUUCUCUUCAACAUGUACUUUCAUAUACAUACUAGCUGCUGUAUUUCAAAUUAAAAGUAAUAAAGUGUGAACCAUAUCUUGGCAUACUGUACAUAUAUUCUUAUCACUUUUGUUCAUUUAUUUAAUUAAUAGAGAAAUGAAGCUGGUAGCAGUCCUGCCAUGGAAUAUAUGGCAUUCGAUAGAUCGAUGGAGGAUAUAUCAAAAAAUGAUUUGAGUGUGACAACCUUCGUAUCUGAUCGCCAUUCAUCCAUUGCUAAACACAUGAGGGAAAAGCUGCCAGAAAUUACACAUUACUUCGAUCUGUGGCAUUUGAACAAAAGUAUGUAUUAUCCUAUAUUAUAUAUACCUAUAUUAUACAGCACAUGUAUUAUUAUGUAUAUGUUAUGCAGUCUAUUUUGACCCAUGGUCAUCAGGCAUGGAACAAAGAGUAGUGCAAUGUAAUGGCAGUACUUUUUCUCUGAUGAUGAAAAUUGUCUAGCUUUAGACAGAGUACAACAAGAUAAUGAACAUAGAAUGGGGGGAGGGGAGGUUGCUAACCCUAAAAUAGCUGUUUUUCAAUGACCAAUGUAUCAGGAUAUGAGCGAAGGGAGGAUUUAAGCAACAGACCAAUGGUUUUGUGCUGUAUAUAUUUUUAUGUGUUUAGUUUCUGUAUUGUGAAUAAUUUUUGGACAUACAUUCUUGCAGAAGUUUCCAAAGUCCUGAGCAAAAUUUCAAAGGAAAAAGGUUGUGAGGUACUUCUCCCAUGGGUAAAGCCGUGUGUAAACCAUCUUUAUUGGAGUGCGACAUCGACAGCUGAUGGUAAUGGGCAAAUAAUUUGGGCAAAAUUCGAGUCAUUUUUGGAACAUGUUGCUAACAUACACUCGAAUCUACCAAAUCCUGUCUUCAAUAAAUGUGCUCAUAAGGAUGAUAUAGAGGAAAGGACAUGGCUUAAUAAAGGUAAACAAAUACAGUAAUAAGAUAUAAUAUACCAUUAUAUCAUAUUUGAAUAGAUACAGUACAGCUAGACAGCCAGUACUUAGCCGACAAUUUAGUCCCAAUAUGCAAAUUAAAAAUUAUAUUAUUCAUUUCUUUAUAAAUUGAUUGCUUUCACAGUCAAUGAACACGAAAAUAUUUACAUAGCGAGACUAAAUCGUCGGGGUGGUUACGCUAUUGACUGUACCUCACUAUUAUUCCCAGUUUUGCUAGGCACCAACCAUGGCGGCACCUGACAGGUGUUGCAAUAUCAGGUAAAAAUGUUAAGUUGGAAAAAUUCAGGUAAAUCUGACAUCACCUGCUCCCCCAAAUGCAAAUUAAGUCCUGCCAACAGCCCUGAACUCUGCCCUUAUAUGAUCCAUUACAGAAUCAAGUUGAUUGUUUCUAGUAGAUACACUGUAUUUGAAAGAAAUGGAAGUUCCUAAGAAUUUAUAAAGCUCUAAAAUAAACAAAUUUUCGGGCAAUGAUGUAAACUGCUGUUGAUUGUCAUAACGAUCUUACAAAGAUUUCCUUUCACUAAAUUUGGCAGAAACAUGGUUGAACUUACAGUAUAAAUAAUAUAAUAUUAAUUAAGCAUGUUCAACUGUAUUUAUUUGUACGAAAAUUUUCAAUAUUUACAGCUGUUUGCAGGUUUAAUUUAUUAAGAAAAUACACUUUACAAUUACAGUACAUAAUAACACACUUUCCAAUGUUAGUAGAUUCCACUGUUUAUGAGAAAGUGUGCAAUGCCCUUUUAAACAAAAGGAUUAAGAAGGGUUUUUGCCAAGCAUCACCGCUGUCGCAGACUAGCUGUUUGGAGGGAUUCCAUUCAGUCUUAAAUCAUUUUUCUCCAAAAAUGAUUGCGUUCCCAUUUCAAGGGAUGUAUUGCAGGUAUAUGCUUGUAUCUUAUUGUUAUACAGUAUGAUCAAGGGUGUAAAAAUGUGGUGUUAUGGUUUAACCCCUUAAGUGGCAGUGAGCCCAGAUGCGCCCGCUUUAUUAUUUUCUUGUUUCAUUAUCAUUGUCAAGAUAUUUCCUGAUAAUAUUAUCAUUAAUUAUCACUCUCCACUUGACAUGUACAGUAAAAUAAUCUGGCAUUAGACAGAGAGUAAAACACUAAAGUAGGGUGAAUCAGGGUGCAUAGCCACUUAAAGGAUUAACAGAACAACAACUAUUUGGUACUGGUACAACUACUAUUAUCUUCAGAUAUGAACAGCUAAAAUUAGAGCUGCAGUAUUAUUUUAUAAUAUUUAGACACAUCUUGGCUGUUAUUCAUUUUAACAAGAACCUCAACAGAGAUGAACUACGAACCCAAACUGGAAAGUCACAAGUCAAAGUUGUGUACCCAAAAUUUAAAAAUGGCGAAGCCACUGUACGGAGUGUUCGAGUCCAGCAGAAUUUUGGUAAGAUUUAAAAACAGUAUACAUGUACAUAUUGUGGCUAUACUGCCUUAAGUGGUAGACAGAAGCAUAGAGUCAGAAUUGCCAGAUUGAAUACAGUGUAUGUUAGCCUACACAAACAAAGUCAAUUGAACAAUUGCAAGUCUUUGCCAUUGGUUGAGGUUUGCAAUGUCAUUCAUUAGAUUUAGAUUAUGUCGAAGAAUUAUAUCAGACCAUGCUAAGUGCAGAAAGUAAUGAAAUAAAAAAGGCAUAUAAAGAAUUAGUAGAUAUGACAUCAGCUCCAAUGAAUACAAUGCUGGAAAAGCAGCCAAGAAAUGAGGCUAUAAAGAAGAUGAUUGAACGCAAGGAAAUGGUUGUUGCCAACGUUCCACCUACUGCAGGUACUGUACAAGUAAAUAUAUACUGUACAAGACAUUGUGUAAAAUAUACAUAAUGGUGUGACUGUAGGAAGUUCAUUCACAAUAACCAUUUAUUUUCUUUAGCACCUUCUACUGUACAAGCCCAACCACCACCUCCACAAGAAGAACGAGCAAAACCAUGUUGCAGAACAUGUGGCCAACCUAUGAAAGGCCAUAAAAAUGUUCUGCACUGUCCAAGGAACCAAAAAUAA